CCGCCAAAUUCGGCGGGAAGAAGUGGGCCGCCCGCUCGCCAUGAGCGGGACGGUGAUCCCCGGUACGCCCAUCGCCGUGGACUUCUGGAGCAUGCGGAGGGCGGGCGGCGCCCGCCUCUUCUUCCUGUCGCACAUGCACUCGGACCACACGGUGGGGCUCUCCAGCACCUGGAGCCGCCCGCUGUACUGCUCGCCGCUCACCGCCCGCCUCCUCCACCGCCGCCUCCAGGUGCCGACGCGCUGGAUCCGGCCGCUGGAGGUGGGGCAGAGCCAUGCGCUGGGCGAGGAGGUGACGGUGACGCUGCUUGACUCCAACCACUGCCCCGGCUCCGUCAUGUUCCUCUUCGAGGGCGCCUUCGGCACCAUCCUCUACACAGGGGACUUCCGCUACACCAGCACCAUGCGGGGCGAGCCGGCGCUGAGGGGCCGCCACGUCGACCGCCUCUACCUGGACAACACCCACUGCCACCCGCACCGGCCCCUUCCCUCGCGGCAGCACGCCACGCGCCAGGCCGCCCACGUCAUCCGUGCCCACCCGCGGCACCAGGUUGUCAUCGGUGUGUACAGCCUGGGGAAGGAGACGCUGCUGGUGGACCUGGCCGUGGAGUUCAGCACCUGGGUGGUGGUGAGCCCCUGGCGCCUGGAGCAGAUGCGGCUGCUGGAGCUGCCCGACGUGUUCACCGCUGAGGAGGGGGCCGGCUGGAUCCGUGCUGUGGAUGUCACCGAGAUCCGCUGGGAUACCCUUGUCAGCUGGAACAUGCUGCACCCCACCAUUGCCAUCCUCCCUACCGGCAGGCCCGUGAAGGUCACCCACCCCAACAUCCACCCCAUUCCGUACUCGGACCACUCGUCCUUUUCGGAGCUGUGCGAGUUUGUGAAGUGGCUGAAGCCUUGCUCAGUCAUUCCGAUCGUGAGGGGUGGCACAUGCCAGGCUUACUUUCAGAAAUACCUAAGUUCUGCCCCCCCAGUGCUUCCUGACCUCAAAAUCCCAAAACCUGUCCAAGAGUCUGUACAGCAGCAAAGCAAAAGGAUGGGGCAGGAACCCCUGUGUCUCUUGAAAAGAGCCGCCUGGCAUUCUGUGCCCCGAGGAGUUGUUUAUGAGUCCCCAGAGAAAUAUACUGAGAAAUCUGAAGCGUCCACUGGUGUUAAGGUUCCUCAGCAGAACUACUGUGAGUCAGCUUUCUGCUCGAAAGAAGGCUGCACUUGCCACACGGGCAAGGAGAAAGGAAAGGAAGAGCUGAGCGGAGAACAGCCAGGAGUAGCACGAGCAGCUAGCACUGUUAGCCAGGCACUUGUUUCUGAUGAGCACUUUCCAACUGGGUUUGCAGAGCAGUAUUUACUCACUCCCUUAAAUGUCCUAAAGCUGAAUUCCUCACAGAAAUUUGACGAGCUGGUAGAAGAUUUCUUUAGGAGGGGAGAAGUGCUCUGAAAAAUUGCGUGACACUUGCCAGUGCCAAUGCCGUUGAUAGCAGUGAUUCUAGAGGUCUUACUACUGCAUCCCAUUCUCUGUGCUCAGGUUUCCCAUUAGGAGAGAGGAGCUCAGCUAUGGGGUUCUACUUUCUUUACCUCUUGUUAGAGGACAAGGAGGAAACUAGAGCCAGUUUGUAGGCAGUAGAAUUUUUUAAAAUUUAUUUAUUCUUAUAUCUCUGUCAACAUCUGUUGGGUCUCCACACUACACUUGGGAAGCUCAGUCCCACUACGGGCAUGCCUUGUAUCCACUUUUUGCAGUGACUUACCUGUCUCUUGUGACAAAAGAUACUGCCAGGUCAAUUCAAGUGAGCUGCAGAGGGUGUGAGCUGCCUGCAGCUGAAGUAAUCAAUGGGGACAUAUGUGAUGAAAGUAGCAAGAAGGGGGAAUCUGAGAGCCCUGAAAAGUCUCCUUUCUAUAUGUCUGUAAUGCCUCAUUGACUAUGACCGGUUCACUCCAAGAUGUAUUACAAAUAUUACGUAUUAAGGUACAUUUAAAAAAUGGUGCUUAAAGAAAUCUAGAAAAUGAAGUGCCUCCAAGUCUAUUAAUCUAUUUUCUAUCUAUUAGUCUACUAAUAGCUCCAGACAGCACUGCUUUUGCAUCCAGCCAACUGCAGCUGGAUGCAGUUCUGCUCUCCUCAAAGCACCAUCUUAAUGUUAACUGUCAAUGGUUUUUCAGGUUACUGGCUGGAAGAAAUAGGCAUUGUUUGGGUUCUUGAGUUCUGGACUUUCCAGAAUGGGUUACUAGAUCCUCUGCAGUCUCUGCACUCAAGUUUGCAUGUCUGAAUUCUGCUUGACUGCAAAGCGCUUCUGGUAACUGCCAGCAUUCUGCUAGGCCCACUGCCUUCCCAUCCACUGCCUGUUCUUAUCACGCAGUGGUAAACGGGAUGGAAGAUAAUGAAACAUCUGCUUAGUGGUGUGAAGUGUUCAGUCUUAGCAGCAUUGUUUGGGAAGAAUACUGUGGCUGAACAGCAAAAUUGGCUCUGUUAGUUAGUGGGCAGGCACUUUGCAGUUCCAGAUCAACUGCAGAGAGCCGCAGCCUGGCUGGCGCGGUCAGGAAGUUUCAGCAGUGUGACUAGCCAGGGGGUACCACUGUGGAGCCUGGAAACACUGUUGUUGUCUGUGUCAAACUGCACUAGCAACAUUACAAAUCGGCUCCCCGUAGGGUCAAGGCAGCAAAACUAGAGUGCAAAUGGUCACUAGGCACUUUCCUGGAGCAACAAACAAGCUUGUUACUGGGCUUUGUCUAGCCUCCUUUUUGUUACUUUCAAUGCAAAAUGUUUCACUUGAUUUUGAUCAGGAUCAGAGGCUCUUCUGAAUGUAGUGUCCUGCAAGGUCUCUCUAAGACCAGUCAGCUAGAUGGAUUGAAUUCCCUGAAUCAAGCUAGAAAAGGAAGCAUUUGCUCUUUGCUUUUCACAAGCCCCAGCUUUACUCAAAGAUGCCUGUAGAUGCAGCAGCCACACCUGUUAAAAACAAGGCUGUCCUGAACAGUAAUCAUGAUGACAGCCAGAGUGGGUAUGUUUGGAAAGCUGUUUGGCAAACAUGAGUCCUAACUCCCAACCCUGUGCUUUCCCAGGCACUGCAACAUUUAUCACUAUAAUAAAAGCAGUGCCUCUCAUUGGGACUGCCAGUUGAUUCUGCCUGCCAGCUGCUAAGGGGACGUUGGAAGUGAUGGAGCAGUGUUCUGUGAAGUACAUUUCAAAAGGGGUAGCAAGGGCAGCUCAAGCUUCUUGCUGUGGUCUUUAUUUUUUGCUUUAUUAUUUGCUAAUCAAAACUCAACUGCAGAGCUCCAUCAGGUCAGUGUGAGUGGAGACACCUGCAUCUUUUGUAACAUUUGAGACUGCCAGGGAAAUAAUUGUGCUAUGCUUGCAGUGUUUUGUCUGCUGCUGGCUGCCUUGGAGAUGCAGGCUGUUAUUUAAAUAUCGUUGAAAUUUAAGUGACUCAUUUGACAGGCAGGUGAGUGAAGCGCUGCCUGAACUCCCAGAUUCCACGUCCUGCUCUCGCCUGCAGCAUCUCCAUUGCUCAGAAGGAAUGCUUGCCUUCUGAGUCAUUGCUCCAUUUAGGUAUGUUGCAAAUGACCUUGGAGAUCAGAUGCAUUUCUCUGCUGAAGUUUUGUGGGUCCAGCCUUCCCUCUUUUAUUCUUAUCAACCGUUCUUAUCUAUCAUUUAUUCAAGUAAAGAAGGAGAGAACCUCCUGGUGAACCUCUGGGCAAAAUGGAGUAGUAAAUGGCAAUUCUUUACAGAAGCAACUCUGAUCCUUAGAUCACACAAAAAGAAGUGGAAAAUUGCAGAGACUUCAGAAGCUGGGGAUCUGCACCCUAUUUCUGAAUGCUUAGUUAAAACUGCAGAAGAAAUCCUGGCUUCUGUUACUAGAGCUUAAAAGGUAAUUCCUGCCACUUCAGAAAGAAGUUAUCUGAAUUAUGUAGAGCCAAGGAAACCUAAAAUCUCUCCAUGGUUUUAAAAGGCAAUAGAAGCAGGAGAGAUUUGACCAACAGUCAGCACGUUGGAGAUCUUUGCCUCGGCACAGCAGGUGCAUGAGGCAUUUUAGAGUGCCACAGGUUUUCUCCCUCUCUUAGGUGUUAAAAUACUACUUUUGUGUGUUAUUCUAAAAUCCUGGAAAACAAAACAUGGCCUCAUGGGCAAAACUGGCAGUAUAGUAUUGUUGAGCUCUAAGGUUUCUGAAGAUCCUUCAGCUUCCCCUGAAGUCUCCUGGCAGUAAAUAGCUGGCCUCUUACAGGCAUUGUUCUCCCUCAUGCUUGCCUCCAAAGUUUCCUUCUUUUCCUACCACCAGCCUAGCUCACAGGGGAGUGUUAGUGCGGUCAAGAGCUGGAGCGUCAUGUACACCAGGGUCUGAACAUGCUGCUUCCAGCUCAGCUGCACAGGGCUCUGUCAACACUGCUACCACAGGUGUGUUUUGCUCACAACAGUGACAAGGAGAAGCUGUAGCCAAGUACUAGCUUGACUGUGGGUUAUCUAAGGGCCAUGUGCUUGGAAACUUAUAGUUAUCCCAGGGGGAAAAAAAAACCAAACGUGCUCAGACCAAAGCCCUCCCAAAUCUAUACACGCAGAGCAGCCUUAUGCUGCUUAUCUCUGUUCCACAGUUGGGAACCAAGCCCCAGUGGGAUGAAAUGACCCACCCAAGGCCUUACAGAGCCUACAGAGGAGCUAGGAAUGAGCUGUUUUCAACACUUUUAACAAGCUGUGAUCAAAUGCUGGCCUGUCAUGAGGGCAGGGCAGGCUUAUGGUUCUGGGAGUAGGGCUGCCUGCUGAGUUCCUUCCACACAGUCGCCUGUGAAAGUCCAAUCACUAUACUAUGAAACAGUUUAGUUGGCCCUAGCUUCUCUAAAGCAGAGUAGAAAACCACGAAGGGGCACCCUGCCUAUGCUAUGGAAAGGAGGAAAAGUACCCUUUAGGUUGCUGCCCAGAGACCAACGUAAAACUUGCCUAGCUUGUGUGCUCCACGGCAAACAAGCGUAUAAUGUAAUUUUGUAACAGAACACUGUAGAGCGCUCUGCUCAGUAGUGUUUCUAACUCCGCUUCCCAUACUAAAAGGCUAAAGUGCUUAUGACAACUUCUCUCUUCUCUGCUGCAGAGCUGCUGUCCAUUUUUGCAGUGCAGGUUCUUACUGUUGUUUUCUAGAUAAAAAGAAUUGUGUAAUGGGGAAACCUUUUCUUCUUCACCAAGAAAACUAAUUCAAUGAGUUUACAUAAUUUCCUAUACAGUGUGUUGUAGCUUUGGGCUUGUUCCAAAUUAACCUCAGGCGUAAAUCUCUGGCUUUGUGCUCGUUUAUGGAGCCCUCUGAAAAAGUAGUAGAACAUGUAGCAAAGGAGAAAAGGUAGAGUCACCCUUAUCAUGUGAGGUGCCUUCUUCAGAUGCGCUGCUGUCUGGCUAUGGGUAUUCUGUGUGCAUUUGCAACUCCUGCUAAAUUUGGGCUCUUUUGCUAAGGUCGCUACAGUGCUGAAGUUUUCCUUGCUGUCACUUUGUACUUGGCCAAAUGCCAGCCUCAGCACAAGCGGCCAUGAGUGUGCAGUAAAUCAACUGGGACAGACCUUACUUGACAGCAAGCCUCUUGGCCUGGCUCAGGGAGUCUGGGACUUUGUGAGCAGGUGCCCAGGAAGAUGAGAAUAUUUUCCUUUUGUGUGCGUGCUCCACUCACGACAGACCUGUGGAAUGGAGCACCACAUGAUCUUAUGAUUGGUUUCCAGGCAUUGCUCCCGGUAAAUGGUGGAGCCUAGGACUCAGGCCAUCUGGAAAGCCAUGCUCCUCACCCCAACAGGCAGGAGCUGCAGAAUUGCAUGGGGGAGUAGGAGGGAGAGCCUGGGGAGGCAAGUUCCCCCCCUUCUUGUAGGGGAUGAGUUCCACAGUGAGCCCAGGGCACAGACCAUAUCAGGCUCCCUUGGGUUUCAAGGGGCUCUGAGCCAAGCCCUCGCUGAAGUGUGUUCCGUGCUUUCUUGCUUUGCAGUUCACUGUAAACCUCAAGAAAAUAAGGCCGAGAGAAAUGCAACCCCCAAGUCCUCCAUGCAGGACUGAGACCUUCCUUUAGCAGAUAGUACAGAGGGGUGGAGCUUCUGAACGGUGUUUUGCUGGCGGAAGAAAGUGGAAAAUGUUAUUUCUUGAAUCUUAAGCACACACACACAUUACUUGUAGGAUUUUACACAAAAGAGCAAUACUGUCCCAUUCACACUUACCUGCUGGCAGCUUGUCUCGCUGUCCAUUGCAAUGUUAUUUAGUGCCCCAAAUCAUGACUGUAGUUAGAGUUGCCCAGCACUCUUUCAUGGAAAAAAGUUGCACUUAAGUUUCUGCAAAGCAGAAAACCUCCUCAGUACACCCUGGGCUUUCUCCCUCCCUGGGGGAUCUGACAGUGGCCCUGAGGAUGGUUUAGAAAGGCGCUUGUGUAAUAGUGAACACCACGAUGAAGGCUCUGUCAGUGUGCAUUCCCGGAUCUGAAUUUUAGUGUGCGUCUGCGUGAACUCUCCCACCCAUCUGAGGUGGAGCACUGUGCUGACUGGUGGGGGUCUCAGCUGCAGAAGUCAUGACUGUUGGGAGGAUGGAUGUGCCCAUGUGGGGAGAGCCCAGCCCUCGUGGCAGAGGGGCAGAAGGGAUGCUGUGGAGAGUCUCCAGGAGCACUUCCUUUCCUGGGGCUUAUGUUGCUUUAAGCGGUCUCAGGGGGCCAAUUUCCUUCUGCAUUUCAGAAGGAUCAGUAGAGUAGUACUUCAGUUCUUAGGUUUUUACAUGUAGCGGAUAUUACUUGGUCCCUUUUAAAGCUGAACAUACGACCAUCCCUGAUCAAUGCCCUUUGCUUAGUGCUAGAACUUGGUACUUUUUGUCUGAGGACCACGACCCCGUCACACCCUCAAGGAAGUUACGUUAUUAAAUGUGCUGUGGCAUCCAGGGAUGCAUAGGCACGUUUUUGCAGCUCAGCAUUACUGCUUCAGCCUUGGGUGGCGGUGACCUGUUAAUGAACGCUCCAGAGUUACAGGACUGGGUUUCCAACAGCCUCAAAAAGCUGGAGAUGAUGACGUGCAGUGGCUUUUUCUGGGCUGGUAUAGUGUCCAUCUUUCACCUUAUUGCCAUCUCUGCCUGCAAGGAUCUAACUGUAGCAACAGUGGAUUGCGAGAUCGAGGUACUUUGAUUUUUAUGUUUUUUAUUGCAUGUUCUUUUUUUCUGCCCGUCACCUCCAUCUGGAUGCAAACUACUAUCCCUGAUUCUUUGUGCUUGUUAGAAGAUGCGAGUUCACGCUUGUUGCACUGCUGUUCUCAGUAAAUACGAAGCUGCGAAAGUUUCUGAGAUUUUGGUAAGAGUAUUUGUAAACAUUAUUUUAAAAUACUGUAAGCUUUUGACAGAGAACCAAGAAAGGUCUCUGUAACACUGACUAUGGAAGAGGCUGCAUUAAAAAAUUCUGA